AUGGGGCCCCCUCUUGGUUCGAUAAGUCAACUAGGAGUGCGCUACCUUCUGCGGAGGCACGUCCUAGUGUGCUUUGAGGGCGUCAAGUACGUCAAGAACGAUGGAAGCGUUGUGAGCUUCAUGACAGAUGACGAUGACGAAGACCUUGCUUAUUUAAUAGGGAUCGCUCUCGAGGUGGCGAUGAAGGAUGCUGAUCUUACUGGUGAACGAGUGCGAAGUGCUCAGAGGGCUUCUGAAUCACUUCAAAACGUUCAGCAACGAUUUACAAUCCUCCUCCAGACGGCAGGGCUUCAGCAUCACCUCACUAAGGCUGGGCCCAAGGUCAUUGAUAUUUCUUUGGGACACGCUUAUUGA